AUGCGACCCAGUACCUGUGGCUCGACCUUGGCUCUAUUGUGCCUUUCCCUCCCGAGCGUCUGUGCACGCCCUAAUGGCAUAAUUUCUGACCCUCGCACCUUUUCAGCACAGCAAUUCGACGUCCUAAUUGUGGGAGGCGGUGUUUCAGGGCUCGUCCUUGCUGCGCGUUUAUCUGAAUUGCCGUCACUCCGCAUUGGUGUACUCGAUGCAGGGACAUACCGUCCAAAUGAUCCGCUCCUCACUAUACCCGCGCAGUUUGGUGCGGCUUUAGGGAACUCGACGUAUGAUUGGAGUUUUUCUAGCGUGCCUCAGUCCAACUUGGGCGGCAGAGUGAUAGCCGAGCCUGCCGGGAAAGUCCUUGGAGGUUCAAGCGAAUUGAGUGCAAUGGUUUGGCAGCGUGGUGCAGCUGAAGAAUAUGAUGCUUGGGCAAAUGAUUUCGGCAACGGAGAAGAGUGGGGCUUCAAGGCACUUCUUCCAUAUUUUAAGAAGUCUGAGCAAUGGCUUCCUCCGCCACCGAAUGUUCUCCCCGGUCAAGUUAUAACCCAAUCCUUAGCUUCGGCACACGGACAAAAUGGAACCUUACCGAUUGGAUAUAAUAACUUCUAUCCUCCCGUCAUCGCAGCCGGGGUCACUGCUGCGAACGCACUCGGAAUUCCUACGAACUCGGACCCUGACUCCGGCAAUUCGGCAGACUUCUCUCUUGCUGCCCGCUCUGUGGACCCUGCCACGGGUUUGCGCUCAACCGCAGCCACUUCCUACUUGGCCCCAAUCCUGGGCCGUGAGAACCUGCUAGUAUUGACUGGUGCACAUGUUUCUAAAGUCAGUUUCACGGAGGGGAGAAACGGAGAGCUGACCGCCAAAUCUGUCCACUUUGUUGGUGGAGAGGGCAACCAAUGGUCUGGAUCUGCGAGGGCUGUAAGGGAGGUCAUAUUAGCCGCAGGACCAUUGAAAACGCCACAGAUCUUGGAAUUGAGUGGUGUCGGGGAUCAGAAUUUAUUGAAAAGCCUCGGGAUUCAGACGAAAAUUCACCUCCCGGGUGUAGGAGAGAAUUUACAAGUGAAUCCUCUUGAUCUCGCAUACAAUAAUGCUGUCUUCAUACUGAUGGGUCUCGCUGUCAAGGACCCUACUCUCACAGCGUCUGACUUCAUUGCAAAGCCGGGAGUGCUUACUCUUGACCAGCUGCGCUUCAACGCAACAUUCGCAGAGGAGCAGCAGGAGCUAUUCACCGCUAACCACACUGGUGCUUUCACAUACAAUACUGCAGACGUCGCAAUGUCACCCCUGCAAGCGUUCCUCUCGGAAAGCGAGAUCAACAAUCUGAGCCUCGCGCUUUCAUCUUCGCUGUCCAAGUCUACGAACACCUCAUCAUUGUCGAAAAAGCAAGAUCAGGUUUUGGAACGCUGGAUGAAGGAAGGAAAGGUCCCCUGGGCCGAAUUUGCGGUCACCCCCAGUGGGGGUGCUGCAUCAACGCCCGAAGGGAAUAAUUCGUAUGUGUCAAUCCUGACUAUCAAUUUGCACCCAUUUGGGCGUGGAUCUGUGCACAUCAACUCAACCAAUCCAUUCGCGAAUCCUCUCAUAGAUCCCAAAUAUUUUGCGAGCCCCUUUGAUGUCGCCGUGCACGCAUUGGGCACCGCCUGGGUCCGAAAAUGGAUGGCCACAAAACCUAUAUCCGACACGAUUGCUCAGUUGCAUGCCCCUCCAGCCAAUGUGACCGAAUUCGAUGGAUAUGUCCGCCAGGGCGUCAUCUCAACAUUCCAUCAAGUGGGCUCGACUCCACUCGCACCUCGGGCUCUAGGAGGCGUUGUUGAUCCUUGUCUACGCGUAUACAAUACAACAAACCUGCGUAUUGUAGGCUCGGGUGUGUUCCCACUCGCUGUCGGCGCAGCCCCUCAAGCUACAGUUUAUGCCAUCGCGGAGAAAGCUGCGGAUCUGAUAAAGCAAGCCUUGAGGACCCAAUGAGAUAGCAAAGUACACAGAUUACCCCCGCAUUGUCUUCAGGACGACGUAUAGACUCCAUUUGUGUACUUAGCAGCCCCUUUCGACCAUACAAUCACAGGCUUUUUUCAAGAGUUGGUCUCCACC